AUGCCCGACGACAUCGAAAUGCGCGGCAAAUACACCGCCGUCCACAACCAGUCCGACGCCGCCGAGAAUGGCGCGCUCCGCCCCUCGCUCGAAGCCGCGUACCGCUCCUCGACCUCCUCGGACGAUGCCGACCUCGACGAAUUCGACCCGCUCAACGACGACGGCGCAUCGCUGAAGCGCAAGGGGAGGAAGCAUCGCUCGGAAUCACAAGUGGGCUUGGGCGGCCAUGGCUACGGCGCCGGCAGGCUGUACGGCUCGCGCCGGCCCUGGGCGCGCUGGAUGCCCCAGAGGUGCUGGAUGCCGCCUCGGCGCGCGUGGUGCUGGCUGAUGCUGCUGUUCGUCGUCAGCGUGCUGCUGCUGCUGAGCGCGGGCGGGCUGUGGGCGUGGACGGCGGUGCCCGUGGGCGGGCAGAGCCCCGGCGUGUACCCGUCGCCGCGCGGCGGCGCGGACCCGGUGUGGGAGGAGAGCUACCGGCGCGCGGCGGACAUGGUGCGGCAGAUGUCGCUGGUGGAAAAGGUCAAUAUCACGACGGGCGUGAGCUGGAUGAUGGGCAUGUGCGUGGGCAACACGGGGCCGGUGGAGCGCCUGGGCUUCCCCAGCCUGUGUCUGCAGGAUGGCCCGCUGGGGCUGCGCUUCGCGGACCAUGCCACGGCCUGGCCCGCUGGCUUGACGGUGGGUGCCACGUGGAACAAAGAGCUGAUGUACCUGCGCGGGCGCGCGCACGGCGAGGAGGCCAAGGGCAAGGGCGUCAACGUGGUGCUGGGCCCGGCCAUGGGCCCGCUGGGUAGGCUGCCAGCCGGUGGCAGGAACUGGGAGGGCUUUGGCGCGGAUCCGGUGCUGCAGGGUAUCGCUGCCGGCUGGACCAUCCGCGGCAUCCAGGACGUGGGCGUCAUUGCUACAGCCAAGCACUGGAUCGGCAACGAGCAGGAGCAUUACCGCCAGGCCUACGAGUGGGGUACCCCUAAUGCCAUCUCCUCCAACAUCGACGACCGCACCCUGCACGAGAUCUACGCAUGGCCUUUUGCCGACAGUGUGCGCGCCGGCGUCGGCAGCGUCAUGUGCUCCUACAACCAGGUCAACAACUCGUACGCCUGCCAGAACAGCAAGCUGCUGAACGGCGUGUUGAAGGACGAGCUGGGCUUCCAAGGAUUCGUGCAGUCGGACUGGCUGGCCCAGCGCAGCGGCGUGGCUAGCGCUCUGGCCGGCCUCGACAUGAGCAUGCCGGGCGACGGUCUGAAGUGGAAAGACGGCAAGGCGCUGUGGGGCGCAGAGUUGACCAAGUCGGUCCUCAACGGCUCGGUCCCCUACGAGCGGCUCAACGACAUGGUGACGCGGAUUGUGGCGGCCUGGUACCAGAUGGGCCAAGACGACAAGGCCAAGUUCCCGGAGAGUGGUCCCAACUUUUCCUCCUGGACCGAUGAGGAGAUUGGCCUGCUGCACCCCGGCAGCGACGACAAGACGACGGGCAUUGUCAACCAGUUCCGCGAUGUUCAGGGCAUCGGCGAGGAGGCGCACAGCAUCCUCGCCCGCAGGAUUGCUGCCGAAGGCACUGUCAUGGUCAAGAACCACAACGCGACGCUGCCGCUGUCUCGCCAGGGCCCUAGCUCCAACAGCUAUUUCAUCCACAACGACGACGACUUUGCCAUGCACAUUGGCAUCUACGGUGAAGACGCGCGAGGGAACCCCAAGGGUCCAAAUGCGUGCGUCGACCGUGGCUGUAACGAAGGCACGCUGGCCUCGGGCUGGGGCAGUGGCGCCGUUGAUUAUCCCUACCUCGUCACGCCGCUGGAUGCGCUCAAGCGCGAGUUUGACAACAACAGUGUCAUCAUCCAUGACUAUGCGGCCAAUGAGAUCCCGGCGUCGAGGUUGCACGCGCUUGAGGAGCAGGAUCUGUGCAUUGUCUUUAUAAACAGUGAUGGAGGUGAGGGCUUUAUCGAGUCUGACGGCAUCAAGGGUGAUCGCAACGACCUGUACUCCCAAAAAGGCGGCGACGAGCUGGUCAAGACGGUGGCGGCGCGCUGCGGCCGCGGCCUCUCGCCCAUUAUAGUCGUCGUGCACGCCAUUGGCCCUGUGAUUCUGGAGAACUGGAUCGAUCUGCCGAACGUGAAGUCGGUGUUGCUGGCGCACCUGCCAGGUCAAGAAAGCGGCAACGCGAUUGCGGACGUCAUCUUCGGCGACGUGAACCCGUCUGGGCACCUGCCAUAUACAAUCGCGCACAAGGAAGAGGACUACGGCCCGCACAGCCGCAUCAUGCGCUACCCGAACGGGGUGGUCCCGCAGCAGAACUUCUCCGAGGGCAUCUACAUCGACUACCGCCACUUCGACCACGCGCAGAUCCGACCGCGCUUCGAAUUUGGCUAUGGGCUGAGCUACUCGACGUUCGAGCUGCGCGAGCUCACCAUCACCGUCGACCCGACCAAGAAAACGCUCCUGCCGGCACCGCGCCCAGACCCAUCGACGCUGCCCGCGCCGCCAGAGUUCGAUCACGCGCUGCCCCCAGCCGAAGACUCCGUCUUCCCGCCUGGCUUCCGCAAGCUCAAAAACUACAUCUACCCCUACCUCACGUCAGCCAGCGACGCCGCGCCCGGAAAGAAAUACCCCGCAGCGUCCGACCCUUCGCAGCAGCAGCAACAGAACAACACGGGCGCGUCUUCGCCCGCGGGCGGCGGACCCGGCGGCAACCCAGACCUGUACACGGUGGUGGCGACGGUCGAGUUCAUCGUCGCGAACAAGAGCCCCGUGCCCGGCUUCGCCGUGCCCCAGAUCUACGUCAGCUUCCCGGAGGGCUGGGCCGAUCCCGAGUAUUUUGCUAUGGAGGAGGCGGCGGAGGCCGCGGCUCAGGCGAACCGCACCGCUGAGUGGAAUGACCCGGUCCAGACAACUUAUCCUCACGAUGCGUUUGAGCCGAAUGUGCUGCCGACUUUGCCGCCCCAGCCCGAGCCGGUGCAGCCGGAGCCGGUGCCUGCGGAGCCUGUUCCGGCGGACCCGGCCCCUGCAGACCCGGCCCCAGUGGACAGCCACCCGGUCGCAGCAGGCAAAGAGGAAGGCGGACGCCCGGUCAUCUCCACGGACGCAGGAGAAGAGCUCGACGCAGUCAACCACCCGGUUGCGGCCGGCAACGAAGAAGGGCCGCCGCCAACCAAACGGUCGAAAAACACCGCUCCAGUAGUGGAUUUUGCGCCACGGCAGCUGCGGGCGUGGGAGAAGAUAUGGCUGGAGCCCGAGGGGGCGCAGGGCGACGCGUUCCGCGUGAGCAUGGACCUCACGCGCCGCGAUCUGAGCUUCUGGGACGCCCGCAGGGGCAACUGGGUCAUGCCUAUUGUGCCGGGGGCGGGGAGCGGGGGGCAGCCGGGCGAGAUGGGCGGGAGCCCAAAGACACAGACGUUCAGCAUGAUCAGCGUGCGCGAAGCAGCAGCCAAAGCGGCAAUACUAGCACGGCAACCACCAUGGGUCAAGUCACCAAUCCGGGGCAAAACGACAAACUUCACCGUCAUGUACUCGCCAGGACACAAGACAUCACGGUUCUACGACGAGAUCCUGAACGACGAGACGCACCCACGGUACCCACGGGUGGUGUGCGAGUUUGCAGCACGGGCGCGGGACGGGCUGUGGCUGACGGUGAUAUCGACAAUGGCGUUUGCAGAGAAGCGCACAGUGCGGUCGUGGGGCACGCGGCGGGUGCGCGCGGCGUUCACGGAAGAGCUGGCUGCCCGCGGCUUGAAUGCCAUGGGGCAGCGCGUGGGCGAGGACGGGAAGCGCGUCGACGGCGCGCUGCCUAGGUUGCGCGGCACGCUGAAUGUCGUGGUUGCGAGGAGUGCCCUGACCGAGAGGUAUGAGGCUGUGAGGAGGGAGGCCGGCAUGGUCGUCGAUAGCUUGUUGGCGUUUAGGGAGGCGGGGCCUGCGGCUAGCUCUCCGUUGAGAAAGCAGGGUGAUUGGUGGGGGAAGGGGAAGGAGGGGAGGUCGACGAAGCCGCCGGUGGAUGGCCCGCCUGUGCGCUUUAGGAUGGGGGGUGAGAAGGUGUCGAGGCCGCCUUCUGAUGGGCCGCCCGUGAUACGCUAUAGGAAGUGGGGUGGGCAUAAAUGA